AUGUCAACCACUACUUGUCUCCAGCUCGACAAGUUGCAGAAGAAAGCAACGAGCUUCCACCGCUACAUACUUUCUGGGCCCUCUAGCCCCUCAAAUAUCAUCAAAGAAGAGGAACAGACUCCAGGUACCCAGUCCGUGGAAGCACGACAGAGUGUGCUGCUUCUCAAAGGGGUCCGCGAACAGUACACCCUGGUGAAUGACCAUGCCAUUCCUGCCAUUCUGCACCCCGGGGAGAUCCUUGUAAAGGUCCUUGCAAUCGGGCUCAACCCGAUUGACUGGAAAGCACCCGCAUUCAACUUCGGCAUUCCAAGUUUACCAUGGAUAAACGGACGUGAUCUGGCUGGGCUCGUGUUGCAAGUCCCUAACGCGAACUCACGCGUUCGUGUGGGUGAUAUUGUUCUGGUUCCCUCAACAGAUUAUCGAGACAUCAGGAAAGCCGCCUUCCAACAGUAUGCGAUAGCCACAGAUUUCAAUGCGGCCCGCAUUCCAUCUUCGACUUCUAUAUAUGCAUCUGCUUCUCUUGGAGUAGCAUUCGUGGCCUCGGUGUUGGCUCUUGGUGUCUCAUUUGGACUAGACUUCUCUCUCCUCUCAAAGUCUCCUGGUCCUAAUUUACCUCAAAUCAUCAGUCACCUCGAUAAGCAAGAUAUUCCGGCCGAUAUACAUGAUGAGUGCUUUGCUUCAUCCGAGUCAGAAAGUCCACAACGCGGUGACUGGGUUGCAAUCUGGGGAGCCUCAACGACAACUGGUCUAGUGACUUUACAAUUAGCCAAGCUCAUGGGACUGCGGGUGAUCUGCGUCGCCGAUGCCGCGAGACAUGGAGCUAAGCUUCUGCAAUCUGGCGCAGACCUUCUAGUGGAUCGACACGAUACAGAUCGCGCAGUGGAGAUUAUCCUUGGAGUGACAGGAGGUAAGCUACGAUACGCGAUUGAUAUCGUCGGGAAGGACACGGCGACAUUGCUUGAGAAAACCCUCGAUCCUUCAGGGCACUCCCAUCUGCUAGGACUCACAGGUCUGCCCAAGGCGCGAAACCCAGGGAUCCGAUACCAUACUGUGCCUAUUAAGUUGUUCCAUACUGCACCAGCAGUAGGGGAGAGCAUGGUUAGCUGGUUGGAAGACCUACUCCAGUCGGGUACUCUAACUCUCCCUGAGAUUGUUCGCGCUGAGGGAGGAUUGGAGGGGAUCAAUGCGGCAUUGGAUAUUCUACGAAGUGGAUCGGUUUCCGGAAAAAGAAUUGUGGUUGGGCUUGACUCUGCAUGA